CUUCCCCCCCCAAAAUCCACUGUUUUUAACAUCUCUGCUCUCUACAUAAUCAACCAUGGGUCCUGCUUCUCUCUCCCUCCAGGGUUUCUUUCCUUCAGCCCAGCCUCUCUCCUCUCUUUAUGUGAACACCUCACCAAUUCUGCAAUUCAAGCCACUGCCUUCUCUCACUUUCCUUCGCCGAAAACCUCCUCGACUUACAUUCGCCAUUGGCUCCGACGGCAAAUACUACCCGACCCCUGCGGACGACGACCCACCUGAAGCUCCGGAGGAUUCCGAACAUGGAGUGUCCAAAUUUCAGCAGAUUCAACGCCAAGCUGCCCGUGCCCGCAAGCUUCAAGAAGAGCAGUUCAAGAAGGACCAGUCCAUUUUCCUGUCUGCCCUUGCAGAGGAAGAAGAUGCGCCUGACAACCCAGAAUCCACUUCUGUUGAGAAUUCCGGUGAUGACCUGUUCGGAGAUAUUGAUCGGGCUAUCGCUCUCAAGCGCAAGGAAUUCGUCAAGCAAGGCCUCUUGAAGCCCAACCCCAAGAAAGAAAAGCCAAUGACGAAUGCAACUGUUGAAGGACUUGAAGAGCUAGAACCCGAAGAAGUUGUGGACUUGGAGGAAAUUAAGGAGCUUCAUGGGCUUACGGUUAUUACGGAGGAAUACCACGAAGAGAACCCAGUGAAAUUCGAGGAGGAGGUGAAUAAUUCUAGCUCUACUGUUUCUUCCCCCUCAUUUGAUCUCGAUUUUGACAGUUAUGGCAAGUCCAAGGUUCGAAUUGUGGAACCCACGUUUAAAAUGACUUUAGCGGAGCUUUUGGAUGAGAGCAAGGUUGUACCUGUAUCUGUUUGUGGUAAUUUAGAGGUCGAGAUUACAGGAAUCCAACAUGAUUCGAGGUUGGUUAGUUCAGGUGAUCUGUUUGUGUGCUGUGUUGGGAUGAAAACUGAUGGCCAUUUGUAUUUGAGCGAGGCUGACAAGAGAGGGGCUGUGGCUGUAGUAGCCAGCAAGGAGAUUGAUAUAGAGGAGACAUUAGGUUGCAAGGCACUUGUCAUUGUGGAGGAUACAAAUGCAGUCCUUCCUGUGAUGGCCGCAUCAUUUUACCGGAAUCCAUCUAAGAAUUUGGCCGUUAUUGGGAUCGUAGGCACAAAUGGAAAAACGACUACUGCGUAUUUGAUUAAAGGCAUGUAUGAAGCAAUGGCUUUAAGGACUGGGUUGUUGAGUACUGUAGCCUAUUAUGUCCACGGGGAUAACAAGUUGGAAUCACCCGACCAUACUACACCUGAUGCUGUCAUGGUUCAGAAGCUGAUGGCAAAGAUGCUUCACAAUGGAACGGAGGCAGUUGUCAUGGAGGCUUCUUCUCAUGGUCUUGCUCUUGGGAGGUGUGAUGAGGUCGAUUUUGAUAUUGCAGUUUUCACCAACUUGACGAGGGACCACAUGGACUUUCAUGGGUCUAUUGAGGAAUACAGGGAUGCCAAGGCAAAACUUUUUGGAAGGAUGGUGGACCCAGAGCGGCAUCGAAAGAUUGUUAACAUUGAUGACCUAAGUGCACCGUUCUUUAUUGCACAAGGGAACCUAGAUGUUCCUUUAGUGACCUAUGCAAUGGAAAACAAGAGCGCAGAUGUACACCCCUUGAAGAUUGAGCUCUCACUGUUUGAGACACAGGUCUUGGUCAGGACCCCCCAAGGUAUAUUAGAGAUAUCAUCAGGGUUGAUUGGAAGACACAAUGUCUACAACAUCCUAGCAGCAGUGGCUGUGGGAAUUGCUGUUGGGGUACCAUUAGAGGACAUUGUUAGGGGGAUAGAAGAGGUUGAUGCAGUUCCUGGUAGGUGUGAACUGAUAGAUGAGGAACAGGCAUUUGGUGUUAUUGUGGACUUUGCUCAUACUCCUGAUGCAUUAUCUCGACUGCUUGAUGCUGUAAGGGAGCUUGGCCCACGAAGAAUUAUAACUGUGUUUGGAUGUGGUGGUGAUAGAGACAGAGGAAAGAGGCCCAUGAUGACGAAGAUUGCGACAGACAAAAGUGAUGUGGUUCUCCUGACAUCUGACAAUCCAAGGACAGAAGAUCCAUUGGAUAUCUUGGAUGACAUGCUGGCUGGUGUAGGAUGGACCAUGCAGGAUUACUUGAAACAUGGCGAGAAUGAUUACUAUCCACCUCUUCCAAAUGGUCAUCGGCUUUUUCUUCAUGACAUCAGGCGGGUUGCUGUGCGGGCUGCAGUGGCCAUGGGAGAGGAAGGUGAUAUGGUUGUUAUUGCAGGCAAAGGCCAUGAAACAUACCAAAUAGAAGGUGACAAGAAGGAGUUUUUUGAUGACCGGGAGGAGUGCAGGGAAGCAUUGCAGUAUGUUGAUGAGCUUCACCAAGCUGGAAUAGACACUAGUGAGUUCCCAUGGCGGUUACCAGAGAGUCACUAAUGUCUUGUUGGAAAAAAGUACAAAUAGAUCUGAGCCUUACCGACCCGAAAAAGCUACAAUACAGUGGGCCUGUUGCACUCAUCUGAGAUGACUAGCAGGUCUCAGUUGACUCCCU